ACACCACCGCUGGAGAAACGUGCAGACGAAGCAAACCGACCGUUCGCGUGUUUACAUGAGCACGAUGACUUUCAUUUUCACCUCUGUGGAGCUGCAGUAGUUUGUCGAUUUUAUUAAAGAGGUAAAGCAAGAAAAUGGCAACUUCAUCAAAAGCUGAUGGAGCAACAGACAACAUGUCUAGUGUACGGCAUGUGGUGCUGGUUCUGUCAGGAAAGGGAGGAGUUGGGAAGAGCACAGUGGCCGCUCAACUGGCACUGGCACUCAGGCAGGCUGGGAAAAAGGUAGGAAUACUAGAUAUAGACCUCUGUGGCCCCAGCAUCCCCAGGAUGUUUGAUGUGGAAGGACAUGACGUGCACCAGUGCCCAGGCGGCUGGGUGCCAGUCUAUCCAGACCAGGACCAGAGACUGGCCCUGAUGUCCAUCGGUUUCCUGCUACAGAACAGAGACGAUGCUGUGGUCUGGAGAGGACCCAAGAAAAAUGCGAUGAUCAAGCAGUUUAUAGGAGAUGUGGUAUGGGGAGACUUGGACUACCUCAUCAUAGACACACCCCCUGGCACCUCGGAUGAACACAUUUCAGUAGUAGAGAACGUGAGACCGUACCAUCCCGACGGUGCCGUCCUGGUGACCACGCCCACGGCGUUGCGGUGGGGGACGGUGAGACGAGAGCUGACCUUCUGUAGGAGACAACUCCGUCCUGGGGGUCGAUCGAGAACCUGAGCGGAUUUGUUGUGUCCACAUUGUACAGAAUGCACCAAUGUGUUCUCAAAAGGAGGAGGUGAAGCUUUAGCCAACCAGUUCAACGUUCCAUUUCUAGGCUGUGUUCCCCUUGACCCCCAGCUGACCAGAAGUCUGGAGGAGGGACAGAGGUUUGUUGAUGCCUUCCCCACAUCUAUUACAGCCCAGGCCAUCGGGAGGGUCGCACAGACUCUUCUACAGAGGGAGGAACAGCAGGACUCCAUGGAUACAUCAUGAUUGUAGAGAAUUGUUUUAGUCAAUUUAAAUCCCUUAAGCACUGCAACCAAGUGGAGCACACGUUCUGUUGCAAUGACUUGAAUGACUUUCUAGGGGCAUUCAGUAGCCUCCAUAGCAUUCCAAAAACUGGAGGGUUUGGGAGUCUUCAUGGUCUUUGGGAGCUUUUAUGUGCUAUUUUCUGAUUGCAUAUAGACAACAUAGCCGGCCUGGUUGAAUUACCCCCGUUUAAAG